AAGAAAUGGGGCCAAUCAAUUAACUAGUAGCUGUCAUCUCAUUAUAAAACUAGAGAAACAUAAUCCCCUCCUAAGCCAUUUUAACUCUACCAAACAAUUAAACAUACGCACUUGUGUCUCUUUUCCUUCUUCAUCUCAAUCAUGGCCGAUGCAGUUGUUUCAGCUGUGUUGGAAAAAUUGACUUCAAUUGCUCUAGAUGAAAUAGAGAAAGAGGUGAGGCGAGUUAUCAACGUUCGUGGAGAAGUGAACAAGCUUAGUAGCAAUUUUCAAGCCAUCAAAGCUGUUUUGGAGGAUGCAGAGCGACAGCAACUGGAAAAGGGGAAGGCCAAUGUUCGAGAUUGGUUGGGCAAGCUCAAGGACGUCUCUUAUGACAUUGAUAAUGCAUUGGAUGAGUGGAGCACUGUAAUUCUUAAGUCAAAACUUAAACUGAAGCCGAAGGUAUGUUCCUUCGUCCCCUCUCCUUCCUAUUGCUUUAGUAGAGGGAAACUGCUUCUCAAAACUGCACACAAGAUACAGGCUUUGAAUGAGAGGUUGGAUGGUAUUGCAAAUGAGAGAGAAAGGUAUGGGUUUAAGGUAAUAAAUAGUGAAAAACCAAAACGUGAUGAAACCACUUCUUUCAUAAAUGUAGCAGAGGUGAUGGGUAGGGUUGAGGAUAAGGAGAGGAUAGUAAAUAUGUUGCUAAAUGAGGGUAGAAUUGAAGAAAUAGGAUCAAAACUUCAGAUGAUCUCCUUGGUAGGCAUUGGGGGGAUUGGGAAGACUACCCUUGCUAGACUAGCCUUUAAUAAUGAGGAAGUAAAGUCUCAUUUUGAAGCAAAAAUAUGGGUGUGUGUUUCUGAUACUUUCAAUGAGAUGAAAAUUGCCAAAGAUAUUCUUAAAUUUGUGAUUGGUAAUGCUGAUAAGGAUGUUAUUGAGAAAUUGCAUAAAUUGAAUUCUGAUGUUGAAAAAAUGGAUAAAUUGAGGAAUGCUAUUGUAGAAAUGGAGAAGUUGAGGGAUACUAUUGACAGGUUAGACAAAUUGGAGGAUGUAUUGCGAUACCUUAAAACCUCAAUCGAGGGUAAGAAAUUCCUACUUGUCUUAGAUGAUGUGUGGACUGAAGAGUAUGGAAAGUGGGAUCAACUGAAAGACUUGUUGUUGAGUAAUGGUUCCCAAGGAAGCAAGAUCUUAGUGACCACCCGUAAGGAGAAAGUAGCGGUAAGCAUGGGCUGCGAAUUGUUCAAAGUGGGACAGUUAUCUGGAGAAGAAGUAAAAAAGGUGGGAGUUGAAUUUUUGGGGAUAGAAAUGUCUUUGUCUACAUCUUCAUCAUCCGUUGUUGCCUUCCCCAAUUUGAAGACAUUGACGUUUUGUGGGAUGUAUGAGUGGGAAGAGUGGGAAGAGUGGGAUUAUGGAAGCAGAGGAGAAAUCAUGCCAUGUCUUUCUUCCUUGAGAAUUUAUGGAUGUCCGAAGCUAAAAAAGUUGCCGGAUUAUAUUCUCCAAAAUACUACCCUGCAGGAAUUGAAAAUUAGUGAUUCAUCAGAUGCAGUCAUUUCAAAUCUAUUCAAAAAGGACUGCAAGCCCCAUAUCUCUCGCAUUUCUAACAUGGAUGUGGAAGGAGAAAAUGAAAUAGUGGGCCACACAAAUCCAAUUGUGCGGCCUAGCCCAAGUUGGACAACUCCAUUAACCAACCUGAAGAACAUAGAGAUCUGGGGCAGCCACGUGGAACAUUUGCCUCGUUUGGGGAAAUUGCCUUCUCUAGAAUCACUCACGGUGGCUGGUAUGCGGGAAGUAAAAAAGGUGAGAGUUGAAUUUUUGGGGAUAGAAAUGUCUUUGUCUACAUCUUCAUCAUCCGUUGUUGCCUUCCCCAAUUUGAAGACAUUGGAGUUUAGUAAUUUGCUUGAGUUGGAAGAGUGGGAAGAGUGGGAUUAUGGAAGCAGAGGAGAAAUCAUGCCACAUCUUUCUUCCUUGACAAUUCGUCAUUGUCCGAAGCUAAAAAUGUUGCCGAAUUAUAUUCUCCGAAAUACUACCCUGGAGGAAUUGAUAAUUAAUUAUUCAUUAGAUGCAGUCAUUUCAAAUCUAUUCAAAAAGGACUGCAAGCCCCAUAUCUCUCACAUUCCUAACAUGGAUGUGGAAGAAGAAAAAGAAAUAGUGGGCCACACAAAUCCAAUUGUGUGGCCUAGCCCAAGUUGGAUAACUCCAUUAACCAACCUGAAGAACAUAGAGAUCUGGGGCAGCCACGUGGAACAUUUGCCUUCUUUGGGGAAAUUGCCUUCUCUAGAAUCACUCACAAUGGAUUGUGUGUGGGAAGUGAAAAAGGUGGGAGUUGAAUUUUUGGGGAUAGAAACGUCUUUGUCUCCAUCUUCAUCAUCCGUUUUCGCCUUCCCCAAUUUGAAGUCACUGACUUUUGACACGAUGGGAGAGUGGGAAGAGUGGGAUUAUGGAAACAGAGGAGAAGAGGAUAUCACAAUCAUGCCACGUCUUUCUUCCUUGACAAUUCGUUAUUGUGAGAAGUUAAAGAUGUUGCCGGAUUAUAUUCUCCAGAGUACUACCUUGCAGGAAUUGACAAUUUCCAACUGUUCAAUUAUUUCAAAACGCUGCGAAGAAGACUACCAGCCCUUUAUCGACCGCAUUCCUCACUCCGAAGUGUCAGAUUUAGAUCGGAUAGCCAGACUGCAAAAAAGGCAGGUACUGUCUAAUUUUGCUUUGCUCAGUGUCCUUACCCUAUUUGAUUUUGUUUGUUGGUAAGCAAUGGGGCGAAAACCCAUUAAUUACCCAUACACAUUCAAAUAAUAAUAUUAAACCAAACAAAUUACUAGUAAAUGUAAAGGUUGAUCUCUUUUUGCAUUCUUUUCCUUUCUUUAAAAAAAAUUGCCAUUUUAU